UUAUAUUUCACGUGGUUAUGAAUAUGACAUAUUAUGCUAACAAAAUACAAAUGCAAUGUUAUUUAGUAAUUUUAUUAUUUGCAAAUAGUAAUUAGUAAACUGAAAAGUAGUACAGACUCAGGCUUAUUUCUAAUUCCUUUAGCCUGAAGGAAAAUGGUUAUAAAAAUAAAUAACGAUGUCAAAAGUACGUCUAAGAAGUAUGUUCUCAAUAGAAAAGCUGGCAGAAGUAUUAUAGAACGUCGGCCAAUUUUUUCACCCGAUGGCAAAUCCGUUCUGAUAAUAGUAGAAAAUAUAGUUCGUGUUUAUAAUCUACAAACAACUGAUUGGUGCCGAAGUCUAGAAACUGAAACUCCAGUAAAUAACAUAAUUGGUAUCGUCUUCCUGGAAGAUGAAGACUACAAUCUUUACGGUUGUUCUGAUAGUGGAUAUGUCACUGCUUGGACUUGGGAAAAUGGAGUGGUUCUCAGAGAAACUAAACUUCAAAUAUCAGCCAACAUGGAAGCUUUGUCAUUUGACAUGGUAGAUAGCACCAGAUGUUUUGUGGUGUCGGGAAAUUCAGCAGUCCAAUUCCUUCAUUUAGGCUUGUACUCUGUGAAAACCGGAGAACUACUUCAGGAAUAUCCAGAAACGUUUCCCAUAUACAAUGACUUCAUAUCUGUGGCAAUUGGUCUUUACAAAGAUGAACCCUUCGUUUCCAUUGUAAAUGGUUCAGAUCUAGUUUACGUGCAAAAUAUUAUACAGCCACAUAUAAAAGCGUGUUUUUCAGUUGGGCCGUUCCGUCUGUUAUGUGUAGCAGGAAAUAAGCAAGGUUGGGUCGCAGUGGGCGACGCUCUCGGGAAGGCAACGAUAAUAAGAGGCGACCUGUAUGAACCAAAGAAUCAAGCAAAAGAAGUUGUACACUGGCACUUCCUGCCAUUACUGGCUGUGUGUUUUACUAAUUCUGGAAGUUACCUUAUCUCUGGCGGUAUGGAAAAAGUUUUAGUCAAAUGGACGCUAGGACAUCUUGCAAAUAAAGCUGGAGAGAAAAAUUUUAUUCCGCGACUCCCGGGACACGUGAGAUUCAUUAGCGUUAACGACACACACAUUGCCAUCACACUGUCUAAUAACUCUGUUGUCAUCGCUAGCAUGCCCAUGAGGGUAGUUUCAACAAUAUUAGAGUGCGGGGGCCUUUCAACAACGACACGCGCUUUUGGGACUCCGCUUGUGUACGACAGCCGUUCCAAAUGUCUGAUAAUUCCAGGACGCACCGGCUUCCUACAGUUGUACUCGACAUCAGUAGACAAGGUGUUAUAUAACAUUGAUAUAACUGAAAAAAACAACAUUCCUUCUGAGAGGCAAAACCUGCUCCCAUUGGAGACGGAAGUAACAUGUGUGGCCGUGAGUGGUAACGGAGCGUGGCUCGUGACGUCAGAGUACAGGAACGAUGGAGUCAACUACCCUGAGGAGAAUCUGAAGUUCUGGGCAGCCGACACCAACACGACACCGUAUCGUUUGAACACUUGUGUGAACCUUUCCCACGGUGGUUGCAAUGUGCUCUCUAUUGCUCUCAACAAUAAGGGAGAGUUUUGUGUAACAUCAGGCACAGAUGAGAAGUUCAGAAUAUGGGCGCAACACCACAGCCUGGAUAGAAAUAAAAAAAAGGUUUCAUGGAAAUGUCUGACGGCGUGCUAUUAUUCGUCGGGAGUUGCACCGUUUCUCGCUGACCCAAUUUUAAAUAAUUUUAAGCAUGGACAGAUUUUGGGAUUGGGAAAUAGUGUACCGGAAGCAUAUCUAAGAGAAGACCAUAAAGAAAAUGAUGUUAUAAGGAAGAUUUUGAACGUGCAUAAAGUAAAGUCGGCGUGUAGUGAUAAAGGGAUUGAAACAAAAAAGGUUGAGGGUGUAUGUGCCUUGGGUGGUGUGGCCAUAUCCCAGGACGGCUCUUUGAUAGCCGCGUGGUUUGGGUGUAAGUUAACGCUGUGGGACACCCACGCCUGUCACAUGAGAACGACCCUGUCGCACCCCGCGCUGCGGCCGUCGGGACGACACGUGCGGUUUGGAAACAAGGAUGCCGCCCACUAUCUGGUGUGUACGACGGAGAGUUGUUUGGCCGUGUGGAGUCUACUGUCUUUGACGGUCACGUGGCUGGUGCAGAUACGGCCAAUGUGUCUUACCGCGCAUCUGUUCAGUAAUAAAAUGGCCGUUGUUACGGAACAGAACGAUGUGUUUGUGUUUACACCACACACCUCCAAGCCAUUGUUAGUCCAGAAGGGAGUGAUUGACCCCACCAGCGGCGUGGUCCAACAAUGUGUGUUUGGUGCAGCCACCAGAGAUGAAAUUAGAUUAUAUUUAAUGCGGAAUGAUUCAGAAAUUUACUGCUUGGAACCAGAGUCCACGUCAGAGAACAAACUGGAGGUUAUCAAAGAGAGGAACAUUCCCGCGUCGAACUUCAGCUCGCUUCUUGCUGAAGUGAACUUGUCUGAAGUGAAGUCCGCUUCCUCUCCAAGUAUACAGCAGUUGAACAUGUCUGCGAUCGGAAAUAGCGCUAUUUCACAGUUCUUAUCGGGAGCACCCCACAUGAUUCCCCCAAUAAGCAUGCUCUGCACGUCAUUCCUUCAACAUCUGUCCGGGUUUGAAGAACAGGAAGAGCCCCAAGAAAGAGAAGACAAUGUGAUGGAAGUUGAUUCGUCGAGUGACGACGAAGAACAAACGCCAAAAUUAGCUCACGUACCGAAACCAGAACAACUUUGCAAACCGGAUUAUGAAAAAAUCAAGGAAAAGAAAUUAAAAAAGCUUCUGAACAGAGAUAUUUUGAAUGUGGAUACAACAUCUACAAUAUUUACGUUAUGACUACAAUAAAUUGUGAGAUUA